AUGGUUAUAACACACAAGAGAUUCCUUCAUCAUUUUUCUGUGCUUGUUAUUGUGCUCCUGUUUUUAGUGCCUAUCAAACCAUCCCUUCACUUCAACAGUGGAUGCAUAGAAAGGGAGAGACUCGCACUCCUAAGUAUCAAACGUGACCUCAUUGACGACCAUGAUGUUCUUUCUUCUUGGGGCAGACGAGAAGACAAAGGAGAUUGCUGCAAAUGGAGAGGCAUCUCUUGCAGCCAUCGAACUGGUCACAUUAGAAAGCUUGAUCUUCAGGAUGGUGCGCUCAAAGGUAAGUUAAGCCAUUCUUUGCUUGAAUUGAGACAUCUUACUUACUUGGAUUUGAGUUGGAAUGAUUUUGGUGGUACUCACUUCCCAGCUGAUAGCAAUGGUUCACUCUCCAAGUUGAGAUACUUGAAUCUCAAAGAUGCUAAAUUUUCCGGAACCAUCUCUUCUCUGCUUGCCAACCUCUCCAGCUUGCAGGAUCUUGAUCUGAGUUAUAAUCAUUUUCAUGAUUUAAUAAACAUUGAUUGGCUUGGUCUUUCUUCUUUAAGUUACCUUGAUCUGAGUGGCAAUCCCCUUGCUAGACCCAGUGAUUGGUUGCAAAUAGUUAACAAGCUCCUUCAUCUAGAAAGCUUGGCACUGUCAUCGUGCUUUUCUGGGGGUGUGAUUCCUCCAACUCUUUCCCCAGUCAAUUCUUCUUCAUCACUGUAUACUCUCCAUCUCUCUGAUAAUAACCUUGUGAUUCUUUCAAUACACCCAUGGUUGUCUAACAUCACUCAAAAUAUUGUACAGCUUGACCUCUCUUCCAACCUCUUACAAGGUUCAAGUUUAGCCGAAAUUGGGAAUAUGAUUUCUCUUGAAGGGCUUUAUCUCGCUAAUACUUCAGUUGUGGGUGGACGAACUUAUACAUUCCAGCUUUCUGAUUAUGAUCCUUUAGUUUUUGACAUAAGCUAUAAUCGUUUUGAUGGUCUGUUGCCUUCGCCUCUAUCUCCCACAUGUUUUAUUUCUUCUAAAAUUGGAUCAGUAGAUUGGCCAUUUAUCUACCUUGACCUCUCAAGAAACUUAUUUUCUGGAAUAAUUCCUGAUCGUUUGAUUAGUGUGAAGGUUCUCGUGUUUUUGAAUUUGGCCAACAACAAUUUGAUUGGUAAAAUUCCAGCCUCCGUAGGAUCACUUUCGAAACUUGAAACCCUGGAUUUAGGAUACAAUGCCUUAUCUGGACCAUUACCUUUGGCUUUAAAGGAUUGCACUAGAUUGAAAUUCAUGGACCUAAGUGGUAAUAAAUUGUCAGGUAAUGUACCCACUUGGAUUGGAGAAAGCCUUACCUCUUUGCAAUAUCUGAGCCUACGAUCGAAUCAGUUCUAUGGAAGAAUGCCUUCUCAAGUUUGUCAACUAAAACAUGUUCAAAUCUUGGACCUUUCUAUAAAUAAUAUCACUGGAACCAUACCAAACUGCCUCAAGAAUUUAGGUGCCAUGGCUGAUGGGAAUUGGACUAAAACAAUCGAUCAUAAAUAUUACUGGAAAGGAUAUGAGCGGUAUUCUUAUAUUGACGAAGCAUUGGUUCUUUGGAAAGGACAGAAUUACCUGUGCGACAAAAAUCUUGGACAAUUUAGGAUAAUUGACCUUUCAAGCAAUAAAAUAGAAGGAGAAAUUCCAAGGGAAAUAUCUAGCCUCUCACAAAUUAAGCAAUCGAACCUGUCCAACAACAAGUUGAUUGGUGCAAUCCCCGAAGAGAUCGGUUGUUUGAAGGAAAUGGAAUCACUUGAUCUGUCUCAUAAUCAUCUGUCAGGCAGACUUCCCGCUACCAUGGCUAAUUUAAAUUUUCUCAACACCUUGAACUUGUCAUAUAAUAGUUUGUCUGGGAGAAUUCCGUCCAGCACUCAGCUUCAGAGCUUCAAUGCUUCUUCAUUUUCUAAUAAUCUUGCACUUUGUGGGUUGCCUCUUACGCAACGCUGCAUAGAAGAUGGUAUUCCAGAUCCACAAUCCAACCACGAUGGUCGAUACAAUGAAGAAGACAAAGAUGAAUUCUGGAAAUGGUAUUAUGCUGGCAUGGGUCUCGGAUUCAGUGCUGGCUUUUGGGGAGUAUCAAGCACUUUAUUGUUGAAGCGUUCUUGUAGACAUGCCUUUUUCCAACUCUUGAACAAAUUUGGAGAUUGGGUUUAUGUGAAAAAAGCAGUCUACAAUAGAAGAUUGCAACAGAAACUUCAUGGCAAGGAUUCAUUCCUUCUGAUGAAAUGGUUGCCAAAGUAACAUCCUUAAGAUUUUUGUCCGUAAUUGUGGUCACCAUUUUUAUAUUUUCUAAUAGUGAACAUCAAGA